AUGGACGAGAUAGCCUCUUUGAUCGACGUACCCUUAUGGACCGCAGCCGCCAAGAACAUCUCUUGGUCAGUUCCACCACGCGCUGUCAUGGAAAAGAAAACCGACGGCUCUAUAAAUCCAUAUGUCUGGUUUCCCGGCGGCAAGUUGAAUACGUGCUACAACUGCGUGGAUCGCAAUGACCCCGAUCGUGUCGGCCUGAUUUACGAUUCCGCUGUUACCAAUACAAAGCGCAAGUACACGUAUGGCGACAUUCGAGAUGAGGUGGUUCACUUGGCUGGCGUUUUGAGCAACUAUGGAGUGGGGAAAGGAGACACAGUCGUCGUUUAUAUGCCGAUGGUGCCUGAAGCGGCGUUUGUCCUUUUGGCAUGCGCCCGACUCGGCGCCGUGCAUAGCGUAGUUUUUGGCGGAUUUGCUCCCAAGGAGCUUGCAAAGAGAAUCGACGAUGCAAAGCCAAAGGUCUUGGUCACAGCAAGUUGCGGCAUCGAGCCCAAACGGACCAUCCCUUAUAAACCACUUGUGGAUGCGGCGUGCGACAUUGCCACGCACAAGGUACCAAUCAAACUGGUUCUUCAACGCACGGGCCAGGUUCAAGCACAGUUAAAUUCUGCGCUAGGUGACCGUGAUUAUUACCAAGAGAUGGCACGCGUUAAACGCGAUGGAUUGGCUUUUGAGCAAUGUGUGGAUGUUGACAGCGAGGAUCCGUUGUAUAGCUUGUACACAAGUGGAACGACAGGUGUUCCAAAGGGUGUCGUACGAUCCAACGGUGGUCAUGCUGUGGUGCUUCGAUGGUCGAUGGAUCAUAUCUACAACGUAAAGAAGGGCGAAACCAUCUUUACUGCAAGCGAUAUUGGAUGGGCUGUUAGUCACAGUUACACUAUCUAUGGUCCCAUGUUGGCUGGUGUGACGACAGUCAUGUACGAAGGCAAACCAGUGGGCACACCCGAUGCCGGAGCUUUUUGGCGCAUCAUUUCAGAAUACAAUGUCAAAACAAUGUUCACUGCACCAACAGCCAUCCGCGCUAUCCGACGCGAAGAUCCUGAUGCCAAAGAGGCAAAGAAAUACGAUUUGAGCGGCUUGAACGUCUUAUUCGUUGCUGGAGAGCGCAGUGACCCAGAAACGCUUCGAUGGUGUCAACAAGUUUUGAACAAGUCCCUCAUCAUUGACCAUUACUGGACCACCGAACUCGGAUCGCCCGUGACAGCUACGUGUGCUGGCAGUUCAGAUCUUUCUAUCAAAUGGGGCUCGGCCGGCAAACAAGUGCCUGGUUCGAUCAUCCGUGUGCUGAACGAAGAAACUCAUAAAGAAGUAACGGAACCUAAUACCUUUGGCAAUAUCGUGCUCAAGCUGCCGCUGCCACCUGCCGCUUUUCCAUCUCUGUGGAAAAACGACGAAGGAUACAAGAAGAGCUAUUUCACCAAGUUUGAAGGAUAUUAUGAUGCAGGAGACGCAGGUUUCAUCGAUGAGAACGGCUUUGUUCAUAUCAUGGCAAGAACGGAUGACAUCAUUAAUGUCGCUGGCCAUCGUCUAUCAACGGGUUCGAUCGAACAAAUUUUGAAUGCUAAUUCCAAAGUGGCUGAAUGCUGUGUAGUUCCACUUCCAGAUAAUUUAAAGGGCCAUGUCCCUCUUGGUAUUGUCGUGCUAAGGAACGGCGAUGGAGUCGACUUGACCAAACUAUUGCAAGAAUUGGUUGCUGCUACGAGACGAGAUCUAGGUGCCAUUGCCUGUUUUGACAAGGCCGUAUUCGUCUCGCGUCUUCCCAAGACGCGAAGCGGUAAAGUGUUGAGACGCUGUAUCCGUGAUAUGGUCGAUGGCAAACCCAUAAAAGUACCAGCUACUAUUGAGGAUGAAUCAGUUCUUCCAGAAAUUGAACACGUCUUGCGCAUUGAAGGACUACUACCGGAUACUCGUCUAUCCAAGAUGUAA